AAAAGGCCCUGUAGCUUGGUCUGAGUGGUGGGGCUGAGGGGCUCACCCUCCCUCAUCACUGAGAAGUAGCAGAACCCAUCCUCUCCUUUCUGUCACUAGGGGUUUAAAUACUGGGAUGUCCCCACUGCUACCCCAUAACAAGUGAGGCCAGAGCCGGGGAAAAGCCACAGCUUUCUGUAAAGGACUGAGCUGAGAGGCAGCAAGAGAAAGGACCAAGCCUUUGGGAGUAUCUGGGGAUUUUGCUCUGAGGUGCAUCCCAGCACGGCACAUGUGGCAGCUCAAAGAGGGUCUUAUCUUGGCAGCUCGCUCUUGCUGCCUUCGAAGUAUGUGGUAAUGGUCCAGGCGUCUGGCAGAGCAAAUAACCAACCCCAGCUUUUUCCACCUACACACAAACCUUGGGACAGAGGUACUUUAAGAAGCCAGCACUGACGAAUGCAAAAAACAUGCUCCUCUUCCUGCAGAUACCUCUGUUUCCUUGGCUCUGCUCUGUUUUUUUGAGGUCCUGCCAUGUAUAAAGAGGAACCAGAACAGCUCUUGGCUCAGUCCUUUCUCCAGGCAUCAGAGGCAGUUGAAGAAGCAAGGGGCUCGAUGUGCUGGGCAGACCUGCUUGUCCUUCUCCCUGCAGCCCCGUACCGGCUGGCAGCUUUCCCCUUUGCUGCUCUCUUCCACCACCUCUGUGCUUCAGGGCGCCUCUCUCUGGCUGCCCGGUACAUGUUCCUCCUCACCGGAGGAUGUCUCUUUGCUGGCACAGCCAUGGGCAGCUACGCCGUGUUGCUCCUCAUCCCUGCUGCUGGCUCCGUGCUUGUCCUCCUCUCUGUCAGCCCAGCUUGUGCCCACACCCGGGUCUUCGCCCUCCAGAUGUCCUGGCAGACACUCUGCCACCUGGGUCUGAGCAGCCAGGAGCUGGACCCACAGGAUGCCAGGCCAGCCAUCGCCCUCUCUGCCAUCAUGCUGCUCACGCAGAAGGCUACGUCUCUGGUGCUGGACAUCCACGAAGGGGUCGUGAGGCUCCAGCUGGGCCAGGGGCUUUUGCAGUGCGCGCUGCCCCUCUGCAGCUACCUGCUCUUUUUCCCAGUCCUCCUCGGAGGUCCCCUGUGCUCCUUCAGCAGGUUUCGGGCCCAGGCCGAGUCCUCAGGGGCUCUCCCCUGCCCGCUGAGGGCUGCCGGCCAGCGGUGCCUCUGUGCGCUGGCCCUGCAGGGGCUGCGCGUGGGGCUGGUGGGAGGGCUGGCCGGCAGGCAGGGCUGUACCGGCCUGGGCUGCCUGCCCUGCCUCUGGGCGCGGGCCCUGCUCCUCAGGCUGGCCUACUAUUGGCACUGGGUGCUGGAUGAGGCCCUUCUCGAGGUGGCAGGCUUCAGGCUAGAGGCGGGUCAGGGAGACCUUUCCGUCCGCGACCUGUGGACACUGGAGACCACCCACCGCCUGGCCAUCUUCACCCGAACCUGGAACAAGAGCACAUCCCGCUGGUUGAGGAGACUUGUUUUCCAGCGCUGCCUGGCCCAGCCACUCCUAGCUACCUUUGCCUUCUCUGCCUGGUGGCACGGCCUCUGGCCUGGGCAGGUCUUUGGUUUCCUGUGCUGGGCUGUCAUGGUAGAGGCCGACUACCGCAUCCAUCCCUUCCUCAGCGCCUGGGCCACCUCCCAGGGUGUGAAGCUCCUCUACCGUGGCACAACCUGGGUCUUCAUGCAGCUCAUUGUUGCCUACAUCCUGGUGGCUGUGGAGACGGAGAGCUUCUCCCUGCCCUACCUGCUCUGGACUUCCUGCAACAGCAUCCUUCCCCUCUCCCGUGGCUUCGCGCUGCUGCUGCUGCUGCUGCUUGCCAAGAAGCUGAAGCAGAACUGA